UCUCUCCCGAAGGGGAGGUCCCCCAGUCCUUCGUAUAUAGGGUAUGGAGUACCGAGGGUUGCUGAUGGCGCUAAACUCCUCUGCCUACCAUGGUGUUAUUGGACUCGAAAUCUGCGCUGAAGUCAUUGUCUGAACAGGCUCCCCGGUAUACAGUCGUCCUUAAUGGCAGGAUUGACGGAGAUACCACCCGACGUCCACUUGUCGGUGAAUCUGCGGACGUGUACGAGGGGACUUUGCGACCAGCGGGCGUGAAGGUUGCAGUGAAGACCAUUCAUGCUUACCCUCCUGCCACUCAGGAGGCUAUCGAGCGCGUUCUACGAGAAGUACAUUUGUGGUCGAAUCUCCGUCACGAAAACAUACAGCUGCUGCUCGGAAUCUCUACCGAUUUCAACCUUACCGUCUCCUUAAUUCAUCCUUGGAUUGAAAAAGGAAAUGCGUACAACUAUGUCCAGAAUAGUUUAGUUGACCCUCGCCCUUUGCUGCUUGGGAUCGCGAACGGGUUGCAUUACCUGCACAAUCAUGAGUUUGGUCCUAUUGUGCAUGGAGGCCCCAGAGGGUCCAAUGUCCUCAUCUCUGACGACGGGCAGGCUCUCCUGAUCGAUUUUAGUCUCAUGUCGCUCGUCAACUCGACAUUUGGAUUGCCUGUCAGUGUUUCCCGCAUGGCGGCAAUAAAUUGGACAGCACCCGAAUGUCUAGAAGGACCAAAGGCCGCGGUAGAACAAGAUAUCUGGUCCUAUGGCAUGACAGCCUUGCGCAUUAUGGCGGGACCACCAGACAGGCCAAAUGCACAGUCUACACAUUCCCGUUUAACGGAUGAGUGGUGGGAAAUAUGUAUGUCGUGUUGGAACCGCGAUCCGUCCGCACGUCCAGGCAUCGCGGAUAUCGCUACAAGGAUUGCUGCAAAAUCAGGAAAGAAGUGAUGACUCUUCCAUUACGUUUCUUCGCCGGCCAUACCAGCGCUCCCCGAAGGUCCUACAAGGACUGCACUGACAGUGAAUAUUGCCUCCGGUGAUUGUUAGAGGGAGAAAGCUUCUGGCCGAGUUGUGGUUUCAUCCUAUGUGAUACAUGGCUUUGUUUGUCUUGCGAAUAUGUAGCUUCUAGCCACUUGAUUUUAGUCGAACUCCGUAGUAUCUCUGAGCUGGA